AUGUCAAAAACGCAUCUUAUCAUAGUCCCAUGCCAUUCAAUCUGGAAAGCAGAUGAAGAUGAUGAGCAAGAGAAUUUUGGUCAGAAUCCUGAACAUUGGCUGUUGGCGCCUUUCCAAUACGAGGGGAAUGAUCACUUGUCAUUCAUGAUGCAUUCUUUUUUGGCAAUUGAGAAACUGGUGCAAAACUUGGCGAAUUCAGUUCUACUUUAUAGUGGGUCUCGAACAAAGCUGGCUGCUAAGGAUCUUUCAGAAGCUCGCAGUUACUACAUGCUUUCUCAAAAAUUGUUACGGGCAAUUGAGUGCGGGGACACAUUACCGGAAGCACUUUCAAAACACAAACAUUUGAUGCAGGUUUGUACAAAUAUUUUACAAAUUUUGAGUCAGAAGAGGCUCUCGGUUGAAGCACUAUUUGAUCUUUCUGUUGAGGUUGAGGAAUUUGCGCUAGAUUCCUUCGACAACCUUUUGUAUUCUAUCGCCAAAUUUAACGAAAUGACGGGUUUAUAUCCCAGCGAAUUAACAAUUGUGGGAUUUGGUUUCAAGCAGAGCAGGUUUAUUGACUAUCAUGCAGCAGCUAUAGAUUUCCCCUCGCAAAGCAUAAACUAUAUUUCUUUCGAACCUCAGCCGAGCUACGUUGAAGCAGAAAGACUUCUCCAAUAUUAUACAGGCUUGGCAGCUCAAGAGAAAAAAAACGCACUUGACCUUUUCAAAGAUGACUGGUAUGGAACUAGAGCCGUUCUUGCCAACAAAAAACUAAGUCGGAACCCAUUUGGACUUAUAGCAUCGUAUAACUUACCUUUUGAACUCGAAUCACCGAUAGAAUCUGACGAGCAAUUCUUUCAGAAAAACGUUUGCGGAAUAAUGCCUUGGUCACCUCGGAUUUUGUGA